CACUCCGCCCACAGGGUGGAUCAACCUAUAUCAGUGUGAUUCGGUCUGACAGACUUCAAAUCUGAUCCAGAGACUUCAGUGAAACCUGUUUGCUGUCUGUUCUCUGCUGGGCAGCUAAAAUGGCUUCGAACAGACAACCACCACCAUAUUCUAAAAGGUUAACCGUCGCUCUGUUUGGAAAGAGGGCUCAGCUAAAGAACGGCAUAGGAAAGAUGAUCCUCCCAAACAGGCCUGAUGCUUUUGACGUGACGUCAAACAGCUUUGACACUGAGUCAAACAAAUCAUUUAAAGUCAUCAAUACCCCCGAUUUCUUUGAUGACAGAUGUCUGUACCCGGACCAGCUGAUCAUUGACUUCAUGGCACUUUCUCAUCCUGGCCCUGAUCUGUUCAUCCUGGCAAUAGAUUCAGAAAACACCCAAGAGGAGAAAGUUGUGACUCAGAUCAGUAAACUUCAAGGUAUCUUUGGAGACAAUAUCACAGCACACUUGGUCGUCACGUUACCAGACCUUGAAUGCUUCCAUUCACUCUGUCACCUGAAGUACAGGUUCAACACCCAGCUGGCGGUCGCCAGUGAAAACCUGGCCAGUGAAUGUAGGAAGUGGUGUGCGGAGCGUCACUCAUUCCACUUUAACUACGUAAACUACAGUGAAGAUGUUGUGAUAAGAAGAAUGGCAGCCAUGGAGAACAUAAGUGAUAAGAGUUUGAGUUACGAUGGCCAUGCUGUGUGUCACUGUGGGACAGCAGGUGCUGAAGCCAUGAGUCCGACCAUCUCAUAUGUCUUUGCUGCACCUGCCAACGAAGAAGCACCUCAACAUGACCAUGGUGACGGUGCCCAUGACAGCAUAUUCAACAUUGUUCUAUUGGGACUGACCGGGACCGGAAAGAGUGCAUCUGCAAACACCAUCCUGACUGCUGGGUACCCCCAGUUGGAUUCAAAACACCUUUUUAAAUCUGAGCCAAGCUCCAUGCCGGUCACCACCCGGUGUGAGGUCAAAAUGAUGGAGAAACUAUUCGAGAGGGAGGUGAGACUGGUCGACACUCCAGACUUCUUUCACGACCAACUCAGAAACCCCCAGGAACACAUAGACGAGUGUAAGAGUUACUGUAAGCCAGGGCAAUGCGUGGUGUUACUCGUGUUACAGCUGGGCCGCUUCACAGGUAUUGAGUGGGGAAUAUUAGAAAGGCUGGAGAAGAAGCUCGGCUGGGAGAUCAGGGAGAGCACUAUCGUCCUGUUGACCCACGGAGAGGACCUGAAAGGAAAUCUGGAGAAGUUCAUUAACGCACAGGAGCACCUCAAUAACAUUGUUAAACUGUGCGGGAAUCGUUAUCAUCUAUUUAACAACACAUCUGAGAGCAAAAAGCAGGUCACAGAGCUCAUCAAGAAGAUUCCAAACUAUAAAGAUCUUUUCCCAAAGUUUUCAAAACACCAAAAUAAUGACUGCUGUUUAUGUUAGCUUUGCUACAUGUGCUGAUCGGUGCAAAGGACUAAGUGCUUUAAAAGAGUACUCCAUCGAUUAGCGUAGCAUUGUCGGACUCAUGAUUAACAGUUUCAAAGAGGAUUCAAUCAAUCCCUAAUGCAUAACCAGAGAUAGUGGCUUUUUUUAUUCCAUGUGUUCCUUGUCAAAACCUGCCACAAUGCAACUUUGCUGCCCAUAGCUCAGUUGUAAAUUCAGGUGUGUUAUGCUAGCCUAAUGUAGCCUCAGGCAAAGAUGAGGAGCAGGCUACAGAGGUCUGCUAAACUCACUUCGGA